CUAUCACAGCGACUGCUGUCCUAGCAAUGCACGGUAUUUGUUCACCGAGGCCUCCACUGGCAACUUCUCUACCAUCCAACUACAUAAUAAACAGAUACUGUAUAACUAUGAAGACCAAAAUCCUCCCAUCUAUAUAAGUGAUGAAGGGAAAUACACAAGAGAAAAGAGACACAGAAGUGAAUGUAUCUCCCACGGGCUCAGCACACGAGAAAUAAAGAGAGAAGGAAAAGGAGCAAAACAGUAAGGUGGUGAAACAAACAGGCCACCCCUAAAACCAAAAAUACAUUUCAUUCAGUUAAGCACUACAUGCUGUAACCCAAUAUAUGUCUAGUAAUACACACCUUUUUACUAGGAGGCCGUUGAAGUGAAUGUGUGAUAUCAGCUACCUGUGUGAAGAACCUCUUCACAACAGUGAUGAGUUAUUCCAAAUUUCCAAUGGCAAGUUGACAACAUAUAGUUUGAAUAAAAUAACAAAAUGUUAGAGCUAGAUUGACUUAGAACAGGGCAAUUAGCUUCUCUCAUCCAUUCAAGAUUGCAUGGAUCGACGAUCAAGUCAUCUGCAAAUAAAUGAAAAUUUUAAGAGUCAGGACAUCUAAUUGAAAAGAGCCCAAAUCAUCAUUCAUGAUUUGCUUAAGUUCUAUUGCAUCAUUUCGUCACAAGUUUAAGUUAACUAAUGCUGUGAAGUUUCCAGAUAGCGUAUAUUCUCCAAUAUAAUCAACCCUGCAGUACUAAAAGUGUUUAGUAAGUUUCCAGAUAGUUUAAUAAUGAUCCGUUCUAAGAUCCAGAAUUCUUUAUGCUGGAAGCAGUAAGAACCGUCUCAUUUUCCCCCUUUGUUUGAAGUCUCUCAUACUGAACGUAUCACACGUUUAAUAUCAUUAUUAUUCCUCAAUGAAUCAAAUUGAUAAUUAAACAACAAUAAUCGAGUUUAUGUUUAUGGUUUGUUGGACUUGAGAAUAGGGUGAGGGUAAUCAGUUUGAUGCUCUAUUUAAUGAAGUAAAAAAAAAAAAAAAGAACUAGCAAGAGGAUUACUAAAUGGAUUAUUGGAAGCAAAAUGGUAAAGAAUAAAGACACAAAACACAAUGAUACCGUUCACUAUUAAAAAUGUUUGUAUUUACCAAAUGACUUGUCUUGAUGGUUUGCCAUCACAGGGGCUCCUUUCAUCGGUCGUUUCCUAGGAUUCAAAGGACAAGGUAAAGGGUUAAAAAGCAAAUAAAAAUUAAAGAACGUAUCCAUGAGAAUAGAAAUCCUGUAUUAGAGAGAAGACCUGGGUUGAGUAGAAAGCAAGCAAAAGGAAGGGAAAAGAAGAAAGGAGCAGAUGGGAAACAAGCACUUUUGAUGCAAGCUGUGUCUUUUUUGCCAGGAUGAAGUAAGCAUAUAUGCUCACUCACCUCAUCGGCCCUUCUCCUUCUUUCUCAUUAUUUCCAAACAAGACCACAUUUUGGUUAUUGGAUAAUUGUUUUCAUUAUUUGCUUUAUUAGACUUAAAUAGUGAGGGAACAAAACGAGACUUGCUGUAGACAAUUACAUGGCCAUCAUCAAUAUCCCGUGGGGUUGGGGUGUUUUUUCUUGAGGCACACACAUCGACUAACAAGCAAAAGUGAAGAGUAUAUGUGUAGGCAGCCAAAGUGAAGCUACCUGCAGUUGGUAAUGCUAACUGUGAAUUGCGCUUCCACCCCACAGAUAUAAGCCUAUAUCUUGACUGGAAUUUCACGAAGCAAUCCAAGCACAUAUUCUUACUGAUUGCUAGCUUAAGCCAGAUGAGGAGAAGUAGCAGCUCACAUCAACGGCCCAUUGCCUUUCUUCCUCUCUUGCUUGUGUAUUUUGCCUUGGCUUCUUCUUCAUUUAUCCCAGGCUGCAAUGGAAGGAGAUCGCCGGGGUUAGCGGUAGGCAAGGGGAAUAAACUGAGAGCCACCGGCCGUUUCGACAUUGCUUCCCUGAUCCUCCAGAGAGAAACGCUGGGCGAUGGAGCAUCCAACACGCAGCCGUACGUCAGCUCCCCUUUCUCACUGCCGCCGUACGAUUCAUUGUCCCCUCAGAAUGCUCCCCCUUACUGCAACGAACCUCCACAAGGAGGCCUACCUCAGCCUCAGCCUCAGCCACCGCCACCGUCAGGCACCGAUACCGGCAUUCCCACACCUUCCGCUCCCACCUUCCUCCUCCCACCGCCGACCGGCAUCCCCACCCCCGCCUUCCUCCUCCCACCGCCAGCUCCCCCUGGUCCUUCCUCCUACUACUUUCCCCCGGGCCCACUUGUCCCGAUUCUUCCUGGCCCAUCUACUCCAGGAAUAGCCACUCCAGGCCCACCCACUUACACCAUUCCUGGGCCAUAUCCGCCUGAGGCCCAAAUACCCCCUGCCCCUCCUACAUUUGAUGUACCGAGCCCGCCCGUGGCUUUCAUGCCGCCGGUGGUUUUCCCGCCGCCGACUGGUCCGCCGUCUCCAAGGACGGGGCCUCCGGCAGCGCUGUGGUGCAUGGCGAAGCCAUCGGUGCCCGAUCCGAUCAUGCAGGAGGCGAUGAACUACGCAUGCGGGUCCGGUGCUGACUGUGAUUCGAUACAGCCUGGCGGGCCGUGCUCUCAGCCGGACACAGUGUUUGCCCACGCUUCCUACGCUUUCAACAGCUACUGGCAGCGAACCAAGUCAGCUGGCGGUUCUUGCUCUUUCGGCGGCACUGCCAUCCUCGUCACGGUAGAUCCUAGCUACAAAGGUUGCCAAUUUGCAUACAACUGACGCGUGGAUAGCUAAUUAAGGCGGGUGGUGAUUAAUUAGUGCUAGGAUUAGAUGACACAUAUAGAAAAGUGAAUUUUACAUAAAUUAUUAUGAGAAUA